CUGGUUCACAAGCCAAGGCCAUCGUCAUCGCCCACGUGAUCCAUCAUCCCUGUUCGAUACGUACCGCGCGCACUUUCUCGCCAGCUAUCACGAAGCGAUCUAACAGGCUUCCUACAAGUCGCCAGCGCCAUACUCCUAUUCGACGCCUUCACUCUGCCAUGGCGUUGGAUCACCAGCCACUUCGUGGUGACGACGACGGACCACAGGGGGACGCCAAGCCAGCUUACAUCCCGCAUAGGCCUUUCAUCCAUUCUGGCUACCGUUCCUGCCGCACCGUCAAAGACUGCUUCCGGAGCACCCUCCAAUGGAACAACGAGACCCUCAACAUCUGGACCCAUCUCCUUGGUGCUGUGGUCUUCGCCGUUGUCUUGGCGUACGACGUUACGGUGCGCUUCGAACAAUACAACAUUGCUGAUAUAACGGAUAGGCUACUUAUCGUUAGCGUGCUUUGCGUUUACAUGACUACGAUGCUACUAUCAGUCACCUACCAUAUCUUCAACUGUCUCUCGCGUUCUGUCUACGAUGUGUUGCUCUGGUACGAUUUCGUCGGCGUUGGUGCUAGCAUCGGUGUUACCGUAGCGUCGGGACUGUUCGAAGCGUUUUACGGUCACCCGUACUUACGAGUUUUUUAUCUCUCGAUAGAAGGAAUCAUUUUUAUUGGCGCUAUACCAAAGCUAGCGACUGACCCUUCCAGACAUUUAUUUGCUAUGGUUGUUUUUACUCUGAUACCGACCAUGCAUUGGUUCUGCCUCUCCACGGCAAGCGGUCGCGUGCUGUUUCCGAGAACUGUCGGGGUGUUUGUGUUUUUGGGUGUUUCUUACGUGAUAUUUGAGAAAAACAUUCCGGAACGCUUUUGGCCAGGGACCGUUGAUAGCCUGGGUGCCAGUCACCAGAUCUGGCACGUCAUGGUUGUGGUGCUGACUACGUGGUGGCACGAAAUUUUGCUGGAGUUCGUGAAGUGCAACUUGGAAAUAACUGCAGUAUAAUCUAAUAUGUUCGUGCCCCUCACAAUGUGAGAUUUUCACGACGCGACUAUUAAAACGAACUGCGAAG